AGGCAGCAGGAACUUGAUGGUGCUGUGAUGACGGCUACUGCUGCAUACGUUCGCCAGAGCCAGUUGGAGGAAGCCAGAGUUCAAGAGGACACCCGCUUCCGCCAACAACUGCUGGAGCAAAACCGGCAGCACCACGAGGCCCACCUGCAGAGCCUGCGGCAGCACCACGAGGCCCACAUGGAGAGCCUGCGGCACCUCGGGGAGGAGGUGGCGGGGAUGCGGGAAGUGCAGUCACAGCGCCUCGAAGUGCAGCGGCAACGCCUCGAAGUGGCGCGUCGGUCGCACGAGACCAACGAGCGUCUGCUUCAGCUGCUGCUGGCUGCACUGGGGCAUGGUGGCAGCCAAGCCCCUCCCCCCUCUCAGGCCCCACAUAAUUAAAGGAUGCAAAGGUAGCAUAGGCAA